AUGUCUUCCUUCGGUGUUCUAGCAAGGACAACGCCGUUCCUGCGGUCAAGAUACGCAACGGCCGCACUCACACGCCAAUCAUGGACAAGGGGAAUCGCAACGAAAGAAGGAAAGACGAGGGAGGUGAAUGAAAAGCUUCCACUGGCCGGAAUAAGAGUCCUGGACAUGACAAGGGUGCUUGCAGGGCCUACAUGCACGCAGAUCUUGGGUGAUCUUGGUGCCGAGAUCAUUAAAAUUGAACAUCCCACCAGAGGUGACGAUACGAGAGCUUGGGGACCACCAGACUUGGCCUACACUGAUGGCGUGGAGCGCUCGUUUCCGGGAGAAAGCGCUUACUACCUUUCAGUAAACCGCAACAAGAAGUCGCUCGGCUUGUCUUUCAACAACCCAACGGGCAUCGAAAUCCUCCACAAACUAGCGCAGAAAUGCGACGUUCUUGUUGAGAAUUACUUACCUGGAUCGUUAGCAAAAUAUCAGCUGGACUAUGCGACUAUGUCGAAGAUAAACCCAUCGCUCAUAUAUGCCUCAGUCACGGGCUAUGGUCAAACAGGUCCAUACAGCGACCGAGCCGGGUACGAUGUGAUGGUCGAAGCUGAGAUGGGGUUGAUGCACAUCACUGGCGAAAGAGAUAGACCGCCAGUCAAAGUAGGUGUUGCGGUAACUGACAUCUCGACUGGAAUGUACACAGCCAUCGGCGUCUUAGCUGCAUUGUACUCAAGAAGAGAUACUGGACUUGGCCAGUGGAUCGACGCGAGCUUGAGUGAUUGUCAAGUAGCAGGUCUAGCGAACAUUGCUAGUGGAUGUCUAGUCACUGGGAAGAAAGAUAGUGGACGAUGGGGCACAGCUCACGCAACUGUGGUGCCAUAUCGCGCCUACAAAACCAAAAAUACCAACAUUGCCGUGGGCGGCUGCAACGACAAACUCUACGGCAUACUCUGUCGCAAACUCGGCAAGCCAGAAUGGAUCACAGACGAGCGUUUCAUCACGAAUGCUCUGCGCGUCAAGCAUCGCGAAGUCCUUGACGCAAUGGUUGAAGCAGAACUCCAAACGCGCACGACACAAGAAUGGCUUGAGAUUUUCGAGGGCAGCGGCAUGCCGUAUGCGGCUGUCAAUGACAUCCAGGGCACGAUUAAUCACGAACACGUGCUUGCGCGCAACAUGAUUGAGGAGGUAGAUCAUCCUGCAUGUGGGAAAGUGAAGCUGAUCAACCAUCCGGUCAAGUACUCGAGAGUUGAGCCGAAGAUUAGAAGUCCGCCGCCUUUAUUGGGCGAGCAUACGGAUGAGGUGUUGAGGGAGUUGUUGGGCUAUGACGAGGGCGAGAUUAGUGAAAUGAGGGAGCGGAAAACUGUUGCUUAA